ACACGCCAUUGUCAAGGUACUGAAUGGACUAGCUGGCUCGUUCGACGUGUGCUGUACGCCAUAAUUCGCCAUUUCCUUGUUUUGAAAUUUCGAAACAAUUUUAAAACAGCCUUUUCCAGCGCACUCUGGACUUAGAUAGCAGCGAGGAAACCCCUCUUUAGGUAUUAAACCAUGAGUCAGAGACGUCGAGCAAGUGCGGCAGACACCAUUGCCCCAGCCUCACCCACCGGCGGCCGGCAGUCAUCGCUCAUCGAAGAUUACGAUGGUAAAAUUCCAAUCGUGAAUAGAAUGAGCCGCGACACGACAACUUUAGAUGAAGGCUUCGCGUCCUUGGGGAACUUGAAUGAUGACAGCAGGGAAGAUGCUCGGGUAACGCCAGGGUCUUUCUGCAAACAUCGACGACCCGUCAGCAGUUCCUCGUUCACAACCACGUCUUCAUCAGAAAAUGAAAACAUUAUUGGCGACACGAGGCUGGCAGGAGUAAGUGGAGAAGCGGAAAGGUCCCUUAUGGAAGACAAAGAAGGGUCGUGCAAAGCUCAAGAAGGGGAAGGAAGUCCGGGUGCAUCGGAGCUACUUGGCAAAGGAAAUAACAUUAGCGUUCCCCUUGCCACACCAGGCCUAUCUGUCAAGGCUGACUACAGAUGUUCACCCAAGAGAUUACCAAGGGCAUCUUUUGACGAGGCUGCACAAGUGGUCAUGAAAAAUGGUACAAAAAGUGGGCUGGUGACUCAGGUCACAGUGGACUCCAUCAACCUGAACGAGGUUUACUCGUACGCGCCGAACGAACGCAAAGGAAGCGAUGUUAGUGAAUUCUCGCUGGUGGAUAUCGGAUCAGAGCGGAGCAGUAGUGUAGAUAGCGCCAUCGACAUGACCUUAAGAUCCAGAGCCAGCGUGGCAAGAGCUUCUAUUUAUGAGCCCAUUUUGGAGUCUGCUGAUCUGGAGGAGAGGGCAGCGGAGCCCAAUGUCGGAACUGAGGAAGGUGGAGACCUGCAGGUACGUCCACCGACUCUGGAUUUUCCCCAACAUCCUCCAGAAACUUGCCAGACUGAGCUCCGGAUAAGUGCCGUCAAUUUGCACAGGCCACAUCCAUUUGUGCGGUUUGUCCGAUAUAUUUUACGUUUACUGAGCAUCUGCAUUCCCCGCUCACUAGCGAGGUCCGUCCCAGUGCCAUUAACAAACUACGCAUUCUCGGGGAGCGAAGAAGAUGAGACUCAUCCGUCAGCAGCUGAGGAUCGUAAGUCGUCUGACGCCCAGAACUCUUGUUUCCCACCACCGACUCUGGAGCCAACGUGGCGAUCACACCCAACGCAUAACCCACAGCCAUCACCACCGCCACCACCAGUCUCACCACCUUCCACCCCACGGGCAUCUGCAAGCUGCCCCCCUGACAUUCCUUUGAAAGAUUUUCUCUUGUCAUUUGAUCGCACGCGUUCAAAAGCGGAAGACGCGGGCCUGAAUGUCAUUGGACGAAUGGUUCAGAUCGCCAACUUCGCUGCCGCCAUGCUGGAUAGUCGUGGCGGGUUUCUGUCCAUUGAUGCCUUGGAUGUUCAUCUGUAUGUCCCACCCGGUGCCAUACCUUUUGCGGAAUUACCUCAGAGAGUAUACAUCUAUGUCCAAGGAGGUCUGACCAGUGGUCGCAACUACGUCACUCCGUACGUCCACUGUGGACCCUCGGGAUAUCAUUUCAAAAAGGAUGUCGCCUUAACCUUGCCGCACUGUGCAAAGGGUGAUCAGGAGUUCACUUUCGAGAAGACUUCAUCGGCAAGAAGCACAGUCCUUCAGGAUCCAGAUGUUGCCGUGCUCAUUCAGUCAGAAUCGGUCACCUUGACGAUGGAUCAUUUCUGUGGAAUUGGAGCCCACGGGUCCUGCAAAUCCUUACUAGUCUGUGCAUUCAUAAAACAUAUCGGAAAAGACUUGUACAUCCACAUUCGAGUCUUUAACAACACGAAAGUAAAUUUCAAGGAAGUUGAAAAGGAAGAGCAAGAUCAGGGAUUCGUUUUAGGACCCUCUCGCCAGGAAUUGCUGGAGCCACAAAGGGAAAAUCCAGUCGUGAUCACAUUUCAAUUAUCGACGGAGAAGUGGGAAAUCACUCAUCCAGAGUCUACACUUGUUGCUGAACAGAGAAUCCAACCUGAGUACUUAUGGAGACAGUGCAGUUCAGAUUCCGUGGAAACUUUCCCAUCGAAAUCGUUUAGUGCACGUUGCCCCUCGCUGUCAGGCAGUGACACAUUCAGUGGCGUCUUGAGGGUCUUCCAAGAGGGGAAGGAAGACGCCGCCGUCGUACUUACCAUAGAAUCACCGGGGAAGGUCGGCACUUUCAAGAAACAUCCGACAUCCAACGAGUUGGACGCUUUGAUGUUUGAUGAGCUAAAACGAUACGACAGGAUCUGUGUCGCUGGAUUAAUGGAUCCAUGUAUUUUCAACAAGCUUUGUGAUAAACUUGACAAGCCACUGGAUGGAGGCACGAACUGGCACCAUCUCCCAGAGUACCUAAUGGAGGACGGUGAUCAUGGCCACGGCUGGGUCGCGAGCAUCGAAGCGAAGGCACGAAGUCAAGGUCGUAGUCCAACAGAACUCGUCCUCAUCACGUUUUUCACAGCUUCCAGAGGAAAGGGAAAGCAGCAAACCUUGAGGGAUCUGAACAGUGGUCUAUCUAAAUUGUGCGAAGCACGACAAGAUAUACAGUUUGCCGUAGAUGCCACUGAACGGAAAUUAAGGGAGUGUGAGGAUGAAAGUAAACUAACAAAUAAGAAAAGACAGUCAAAAGACAGUAAAUACUAUUCCUCAGCCAGUGUUCCCGAAGAAUUCUUCAAAACAGUACAGAUAGUUGAAGGUCCUUUAGUUUGAAUUCGUUUGCUCCUGCUCUUUACCCUGGUGAAACAGCAACAACCAAGAGAUAUUGAAAAGAACUUCAAGGUAACACGGUGACUAGGGAAUACCUUCCUCCAUCUAAUUUUUGACCAUAAAUUUAUAUGUAGUUUUCUCGAAAGAAAAAUAAUAAUAGAUAUGAACGGCCAGGUGAAAAAGCCCAGCAUUUAAAAAGUCAUUUCCCCAUUUCUCUUGACAAUACUUGCCGGGCAGAGGUUUAGGGUCAAAUAGCGGUUGUACAGUAUAUUGCCGUAAUCUUACGUGGUGCAUACUUCAUGAUUGUAUGGAAGAUCUAGGUUAAUGAUGAAUUAAUCAUGGUUAUGGAAAUCAAGAUUAUUUCUAACUGGUCAGUAUUUGUCAUCUUUAAUGAGCAUUACUUUCAGAUCAUAGGUCCGUAUACUUCAUUCUGCCGAAGUGCAUAGAAUAACCCUGUUGUCAUUUUCCCACAAUGGGUUACAUCGAAGACUGCCAAUGCGGCCUUUGAUCUUUGCUGCUAUCAAAUGGCAUUAACUGAUACUUAAAACUGAUUUAAAACACCAAAAUAACUUGAACAUGAAUUCGCUGCAGUUCUAUUGAAUCCAAGCAAUAAAGUAGUUGUUGGCAAAAUGAGAUCGGCGACCUGUUUAGAAACAUGGAGUACUGCAGGUACACACGCACUACACGUGUUUCCAGAGAUUGAACAUGACCCAGUUCGUUUUCCAACUGCACGUUAUGCACAUUUCACUAUUUUGGAUCUCGACCCCUGGGUGAAAACGGGAUUAAUACGCACAAGUGUGUAGGUCUGGUGGCAACCUGAGGUGCACUCUGAACUGUUUCAUUAUUUUUCGAAAAAAAAAAUUACACUUCUUGCAAAAAUGUAUCUACUAAAAUGACCUAUGAAAGUAUGCUGCAAACUGCUUAAAAAUGUUGCCUUCAUGGCAAAUAACAAUUUUACGCACAUGAAGCGGAUUGCAUUAUCGAUAUCUUGGAUAAAAACGUGCAGCUUUGGCGUCACAUUACUGGAGUAACAUACUAGCUUAUUCGUUAAAUCCGGUUUAAACGUCAAAAAGAGUGACGUGCAUUUAAUCAAACAGAUCUCACUCGGGUACCUUUCUCAAUAAAACAGAAACAUUUCCCCUCUGAAUUGUGUGCUCUUUAAAUGAAAGGGUUAAAGUUCACUCUUUGAAAACAAAAAGUACAAGUCAAGAUGAAAGGCCGUUAGUGUACAUUACGUACGAAAGGUGGCAACUGCUUUACCGAGAAUACCAAUGCUAACUCAGUAACAACUUCGAAAAGUAACUUGAUACAAUGUUCUGACAUGAACUUUUAAAUUAUAAAUAGUUCGUGAAAAUCCUAUUGUGCAUAGACCCUAGACAGAAAUUCCCAUGCCUUUUUGUUUAUUUUGUGGUUGUUAUAAUGUAACUGAAUAUAUUCAGAUUUUGUAUUAGUCAGACUUAAAAUAUAAACAUCUAUCAAAAAUAUCGCCAUACACAUUAUUUUUUAAGUAUAUUUAUUCUGAAAAUACCUUCUAUAUUAUACUCAGGUAUGACGGUGUCUAAAUUGGGUGACAUUAGUUCUUAGUUUGAACUUUACCGUCCUUAUGUAGCUUCGCUUAAUUCUGACUAAGUCACUCACGGGCGAUUCAUAAUUAUGCGCUUCCAAGAGUUGGUCAAUGCGCGAAAUCUGUCGACUUUCCAAACGAGCAUUGGGUCGACAGAUUUUGCGCAUGGUGAUUGGCCAGUGCGUUGCAAACUCUUGGAGGCACACUAUAGUCAUACGCCCGUGGUACUUUGUAAAGGUAAAAAUAGUGUUAUCUCAUUAACAUGCAAAAAUACAAACAAACGGGUUGAGUCUGACUGCGACAUUU